GCCUCCAGGAUUCUGUAACGGUUCUAACUGCUGGGAGCAGGUGGUGUGGCUGAGUGGGCAUCUGGAUGUGCUGCGCUGAUUGCUCAGGUCUCCCUGCUCCUCGGGAGGCCCCUACCACUGGCAAGCCCGGAGCCUCCCCUUUCUGCCUCUUCUUUCCUCUAGGUGUCCUCACCUGCAACCGCACUCAGCAGUUGGCUUUCCGCUCAGCAGCUUCUCAGUCUGUGGAGAAGACUUCAGGUGACAGUUUUGCCGCCUCUGAGUGACGACCCCUUUGUGUCUCCUUUUCAAGGCAAUUGCCAGCCGCCACUCUGAAGGUUUCCUGCUGUGAAUGCAGUUUUCCAGAGAGUUUGCUAGUGUGUGUCGGUCUCCGCGUUAAGUGACAGGGACUGAGUCUAAGUUCAUUCACUACAGCGAGAGCUCCGCAAUGAAACCGCAUCCUCACACCUGUACCCCUUCCCUUCCCAUGCCUUCUACAUCCUGCAGGCCAGGUGAGAUGCAGCAGCCAAAAGUCUGGAACUGGCAUUUGGCCCCUGAGCUGUGGGCGAGAUCAGUUCGACAGCAGUUGAAUACCUGCCUCCGCUUUACUCUGGAAGAGAGGAAUGUACCUUCAUCUCCCGAUAAGCUAUCAUUUGAUACCCUUGAGUCUGGGCUCACUGAGUGUAGCUGCAACAGCCAAGAACAUACCUGGGACUGUCUGAAGAAGCAGGAGCGCCUUAAGGCAGUGGUUGAAUCAGAGCAGCGGACAUCGCUGGAGCUGCUGCUGUCUGAGCUGCGGUCUCUGUUGUCAGCUGUGCUGCAGGAUGGCAGCAGUGAAGCUUGGCGCUAUCUGCAUGCAGUACUGGGCCUGUUGUCUCCAUAUCGUGAGAUGCUAACUGGUCAACUCGAUUUGCUACCCUUACUAGAGCAGCUGUACUGCUGGGCACCCAAGGUCCAAUCCGAACUCCGCCUGGACCUGCUAGAUGCCAUAGACAAGGCCUUUCCCCCAGACAGCUCUUUACUAUCUAGUUCCUCCCAUGUUGACUGCCAUCCCUGGAUGAAGAGGUCUCACAGAGGGCCUCCAUAUCCAGUAUGCCCUUUUGUGAAGGCUCGGUGGGGUGAGAAACAAAAAAAGGAACUGGGCACGUGGCUACGUCCAUUGACACUGCCUGAGCUGCAGCGCUGCUUGGGCAUUGUUGGUGCUGAGGUGGCCCUAGAAGAGUCCCAGUGGCUGGAUAGCCUUAGUCUCCUGCCCUUGGCAUUGGCGACCGACAUCCCUGUACAGUAUGAAAGCAGCGAUGCUGACCACAAACAAGAGGAGUCUGCUGGGAGAAAGUCUCUGCUUGCCUCCGAAGCUCCUGAGGAGAAGGCCUUCAGGAAGAAAAGUUCUAAGGCUUCCCUCCUGAGACGUCAGGUGAAAUCACUUCUGAGGACAGACUGGUACCAGAAGAAGAUCCACUUCCUCUAUCUCAAUGUGGUUCCUGAUCGGCCUUACAACCUGAUAGUGGUGCCACCAAGCAAGGUGAACCCCGAACACUACAUCUUUUCCCCCUUUGGGAUCCUGCAUGUCCAUCCUGUGGAGGGCAGUGAAACAAUGACACUGGGUACUUGGCAUCGCAACUCGACUGUCUGGCACGAACUCCAGCGUAUCCCAUUCUUUAAGAACUGCCUCUUACGAAAGGCUUUGACCUGUUGGAAGAAGAAUGUGAGGCUUUACGGGCUGCAUCGAAUCCAGACUUUCCUCAAGGGUCAUCUGCUCUUGGUUGUUCCUCACUUUGGAGCUGGGAUGCUCCAUAUUAGCAGGCUUCUUCGGGAGUUUCAGUCUGUGUCUUGGCUACCCAAGGAGCCAGAUAAGUGCUAUGAGCUUCAGGACCUGCAGAAGACAAUAGCCAAAGAGAACCACAAGGCUCUGCGAACGUUCUGUCGCUUUCUGAAUCUCUGUACAUCCAUUCUUCAACUGGUUCAUGAAGACACAUACCAAAUGCAACAGGGCCUGCAGGAGAGAGUGCAAAACUGGAACAGGAUCAGGAAAGGCCAGGGCUCCAUAUACCUUCAGAGGGUGCUGUGCAGGCAUCUGGAGAAGAAACUGAAGCUGGCAGAAACAUGGUUGCUGAAGCUGGGAAAGUUUGCCCGCCUGAUCGACUACAUGAUUUGUCAGAACCUUGUUUCCAUCUUAGAAGAUGAAAUAACUUCCUUUGUAGCCAACACGAUGCAAGCCCCAAGACAAAACCCUUUUCUCUUAUCACAGCUGGUCUUUGAUGACAAUGGCCAGUUGUCUCCUAUGCCUUGUGUUGAAACUAUAAUCCAGACUCUUAAUAAAGGCCUGCAGUCUAUCAAGACCUCUGCCCUAAAGGUACUGCAGUCUACAGACCUGAGGACCUCCAAAGAUCCCCUGUAUUCUGAAGAUGAUAAAGACCAGGACUCAAAUGCAGAAUUCCUGAUGCCCAAGUUUCAUGGAAAGCCCAGCGAUGCUGUUCGCCUCUUCUGUGGCCCAAAUGUAGGAUUUGUGUGGCCCUGGAAGUCUCAUGCAAUUACUGAUGUCCUGGAGGUCCGUGGGCACCGGCUUCGGGGUCAGUAUCUGCCCCCUAAUUACAAUCAUGUACAGGAGGACUUGGACAACAAUGCUAGAAUCAAACAGGCACUGGCUGUACAACAGGCACUCCUGGAGGACAUGCUGCAGGAGGUUCAGGAAUUCUGUAAUGAACAACAGUGGGUAGAAGGCAUCUAUGAGUUCCUGACGGCCUGGGACCCUCAGAAGUUAGAGGACCUGAGAGGCUCUCCCAUCAAGGACUAUGUAGUACUAGUAAACCAGCUGAAAGUUUGGCAGAAACGUGUCUCCAAUAUGCCUGUCCAGUUGCUGACGAAAGGCAAGUUGCUGCUCCUGAGUGGCCACAACGUUCAAGCAGAGUUGGAAUCCAAGUUAGACAACUUGAGGAAGAACAUUCUUGCACAGGUACAAAGUGAAUGCUGGAGCCGUAAUCAGCAGCUGAUGACAGAGUUGACAGAUUUCUUGCGGGUCUUCCAAACUAUCAACUCAGACAUCCAUGCCAUUGCACAAUGCUCCCAAAAGUUGAAUGAAGCCAAUGAGCAAUACAGCCAGCUGGAGGAGCGAGUGGAAUAUGUCCGAUCACUCCAUGACCUCAUCCGCAACCACUGUUUCAUUGCUGAGAAUGAGACUCUAGACAUAUCGGUGAGAGAACAAUUCAAGGAAUCAUUCAUCCCUUUUGGUCUCCCUUCUCUAUAACCACCUCACUGUCUUCUGCUUGCCCCACAGCUUCUGGAUAUAUGGGAGGCAUUUCAGUUUGAGAGAAGCCAGGCUUCAGAAUUCCUGCUUAGUAAGCGACAUGCCAUUGUGCCCAAGCUGCAGCAGCUGAUGGCAGCAGCAUUGGCAGAGUUGGAAGGCCUGUUGGCAAAGGCACUGUCUGGCCCCUUCAUGGAUCCUUCACAAGACCAGAGGAGCACUGAGCACCAGCUUACUGCCUUGGAGCACCAGUUCUUGAACACAUACAACAACUUCAAUGAACUACGCUAUGCUUACACCACCUUCACUGGGGAUGAGAGUUCUAUGUCCCCACCCGCUUCUGGGAACCGGCCUAUUAUACAGCAGCAGCGCAUCUGGAGGCUCUACCGAAUGAUCUCUGAAAACUUCAGUGAGUGGAAGUGCAUGGCUUUUACCAAGUUCAGCCUUCUUAUGGCCUGGGAGAAGACAGAAGCCUGGCUGACAGAGGCUGCACGGCUCAGCGCCACCCUGGGGAUGCACAAUCCAGUGCUACAACGCUGCAUGCGCAUGCUAGAGGAGUUUCGAAGCUACCUGCCCUUGCUCACUAAGCUGGGAAGCCUCCAGUUUCAGAACUUUAAUUGCCAAUCCCUCUUGAGAGUGUUAGGGCUGGGCAGUCUCCAAAGCUUGGACCUUCUCACACUGGGCCAGCUGCUCAACUGUCCACUGCUGGAAUUUUCAGACCGAAUCAAUCAGGUCUGGCAGUAUGAUAAAGAACGAAUUCAUGCCCAAGAGAGCCUACAGCAGAUGCAGCAGUACUGGGAGGGGCGCCAGCUGCGCCUGCUCAACUUCAUCCUGCAUGUGCCCUACAAGCCUCCAACCUCAGAGCGGUCCAAAAGGCAGGCAUUCCGAAACCCCCGGUGGGAGUUAGUGGGCAAGGAUAGUGGCACCUUCCUCCUCUCAGACUUCAGCAGUCUGCAAGAUGCCAUCCAGAACAGUCUCCAAGCACUAUUCAAGAUCCUAGCCAUCCAAAAAUCAGGAGAGUUGCAUAAAAUAGCUUUAGAGUGGGUGACCAUCAUGUAUGGCCUGGGUGCCCUACUGGAGGUAUGGGUGGCUUUCCAACAGAAGUGGAUUUUUCUAAAUAAAGUUCUACAUGAGAUGAAGAUCCAAUUUCCUGGUGCUGAGCUGAAUGCCCGUUUCAAGGUCAUGGAUGAUCAGUAUCGGACCCUAAUGCGAAUCUCUGUAGCUGACCCAAUGGUUCUGUCACUUAUAGUACCCAAUGCCAAGAGGAGCCCUUACUUCCAAGGUCAGCAUCUACAACAACUACUGAAGGCAGGAUCUGUAGAGCUGGAGACCAUUAUCGUAGCUCUGGAGGAUGUCCUCUAUGGGGUAUGUGCCCACUUCCCCCGCCUUUUCUUCCUCAGUGACAGUGAACUGGUGGCCCUCCUUGCUGCCCCUCUAGAGACCUGUGAGGCCCAGUCAUGGGCACAGCGCUGCUUUCCUCACAUUAAAGCUGUGAACUUCAGGUCCAACCCAACUGAUGAGAAAAGCAAGAAUAACAAGGAGUCAAGCUCAACUGCACAGAUUCCAGAGGAGACGAUUGCUGUGCUAGGGGCAUAUGGAGAGAAAGUGAAGCUUCAGGGUCCUCUUCCUCUGCAUCCAGAUCUUCCUAAGUGGCUGGCCUCUUUGGAGAAGUGUCUGCGUUUUGUAAUAGUGAACCUGCUGCAGAACUGUGUGGCCACCCGCCUUGCUCAAGGCCCAUCCCUAGUUAAUGCAUUGAAGGCACUGCCUCAACAAAGACAGGUGCCCAUGCAACUACAUGUCCAGCACUGGCUAGAUGCGGUCCAGGUUUUUCCGUGGCAGUGCAUACUGGUGGCAGAGGAGGUAGUGUGGUGUGCUGAGAUGGAGGAGGCUCUGUUUGAUAGGGGGACCAUGCGCACGACUCGCAUACAUGUACACAAGCUGGAGGUACUGGUGCAAUUUAUACGUGCUCAGAGGAGCUCCCAGGGUGAGCAACCUCUGCCUUCUGUUCUCCAGACUAGCCUGUUCAGUAUCCUGCUGGUCAUGGCAGUGACUCAUCGAGAUAUAGCACAACUCCUGGAGAAGCACCAUGUCAGUGAUCUCACAGACUUCCACUGGGUCCGCCAACUUAAGUAUCGCCUGGGUUCAUCUCACUUGAAGCCCAAAAGCCCCCUCCAGUGUCUUAAGACUAUUGCAUCUGCUGAUCCCUCUCUGUCACCAGCUGUAUGCUGGAUAGAUGUGCUUGGCCGGUCCUUCAUAUACAAUUAUGAGUACCUGGGGCCCAAACUGGGGCCUCUACCCAGCCUGAUUCAUGAGCGGCAAGUGUUACUUCUCUUAUUGGCUCUGGAGGAGGUGGCCUGUGGGACCCUACUGGGCCGGAAUGGUUUGGGCAAGACAGAAAUGGUGAAUAGCCUGGCAUGGACCCUGGGCCGCCAGCUGGUAAUGAUGCCCUGCUUGCCCCAGAUAGAGUUCCGAUGUCUGAGCAAUUACCUGAAUGGUGCCCUUCAGGGUGGGGCCUGGCUGCUGUUGGAGAAUGCUCAUCAACUACCUCCUAGCUUGCUCUCUGCCUUGGGACAGCGUCUGGAUGAACUACACCAUCUUUAUGCCCCACUGUACCAGAAAGCUUCCAAAAACAUCAGUACCAUAAACCCUACCAGGCCCCUAUUCCUUGGUUCUGGAUUCUUUGAGAAGCAUCAUGUAUUCAUGCGCCUUGGCUAUGGCUGUUUCCUGACAUUUCGUUCCCUGAGCCUUGAUGUGCCUGCCAAUCUGCACCUGCUCCUACGUCCUGUGGCAUUGGCAUUGCCUGACCUGCAGCGAGUGGCAGAACUUAACCUGCUGGGAGCAGGGGUGCGGGAUGCCUCCCGAAUGGCUGCUCGCCUAUCCAAAUUAUUCUCCCUAGAGCGUGAUCUAGUGUCUGGGACUUUGCCCUGCCGCUUGCCACUGCUCAAGCAGGUACUAGAAGACACAAUACAGACACUAAAUACAACUGAGGAGGAAAAUGAUUCCCAGCAGCCCGACAACUUAGCUGCCCCUGAGGAGGCUGCCCUACUGCAUGCCCUGUUGCAUUCACCACUGUUCAGCAUCCUUGAUGGGCUCCGCCUACAAAAGCUCCGAGAGCUGCUCUGUGGGAUUUUCCCUAAUGCUAGCCAUGUGUUGGCAGAACCUGUGGCCCAUAGACUGACAAGGUCAGUAGUGGUGGAAGAACUCCAGCAGGUAGGCCUGCUUCCCACUCCUAACACAUUGAUGUCACUGGAGCAGCUCAGUCAGGCCCUGAGCCGGGCUUCUGGUAUUCUGCUCCUGGGCCCUGCGGGCAGUGGCAAGAGUACUUGUUGGAAGAGCUUACUUAAGAUUCAGAAUCGGCUGGCAGCUAUGGAACAAACCUCAACCCAAGGUUUCCAGCCUGUGGAAAUUGCCCACCUAUAUCCUAGUGUGCUCAGCUCCCAAGAAUUCCUAGGGUGGUCAGAGGGUCCCUCCUGGCACUAUGGCAUCUUCCCCAAGCUUCUUCAUGCUGCCUCUCACGGUAAGAGUGUGGACUCAGAAAAGCAGCCAGAGCAAUUCACAGGGAUUCAGCUAUGGAUAGUAUGUGAUGGGGCCCCUAAUUCUACAUGGUUAGACUCCAUCACUUGCCUCCUAAGUGACCCUCCCCAGCUGAGUCUCCCUAAUGGUCAACAGAUAGCACGACCCCUGAGUACCUUUUUCUUGAUAGAGGUGGCAGAGGCAGCAGGCAUUUCUCCUACAGUGGUAGGCCGGUGUGCUCUAGUCUGGUGUUGUGGAGAUCAGACUUGGCAACACAUGCUUAAUGUCUUGAUGGCAUCCCUGCCAAAUGAAUACCACCUGCAGCAAGAGACAAUCAUUGAGCUCAACCACAUCGCUGAAGUACUGGUGCCUGCAGUGCUCCGAUUCCUUACCCGCAUAGGUGCCAGUUCUCUGCUACAGGUACAUGGGCAUCAGGCUGUUUGCCCAGGUGUGGCAGAAGUCACCAGCCUGGCUCUCAUCUUGCGUGCUCUACUUGACCCCCAUCUACGCUUAUAUGAAGACGAGAAGCCACAUGACCAAGAGGACUUUAGUGGCAGCGAUCUUGCAACCCAAAGCUUCAAAUCUUCAAAAAGCAGGAGCCAGUCUGACAGUGACAAUGUGAAUAAAAAGCAGAGGAGGCAUUUGCUGGCUAUCAGCAGCUUUCUUUUUGCCACAAUCUGGGGCUUUGGAGCCCACCUUCCCUCCAGACACUGGCCUCUCUUUGAUAACUUCAUGAAGAAUUCUAUUAGUUCCUUGUCCAACUACCCUGAGCCACCUCCUUCAGCCUUGGUGUUUGAUCUACAUGUAAACCUUGAAGAUGGAACACUGGUCCCCUUUACUGGCCAUUACCUGAGCAGCUGUAUCAAAGGAAAUCUGGGUACUUUCCAGCCCUCUUCCCAGACUGAACGGCUUUUGUAUACGGUGGACCUGCUUCUAUCAAAUGGACAUCCAGUGCUGCUUGCUGGAGAGAUCGCCACAGGGAAGUCAGCUUUUGUGGAGGUGCUAGUGGAGCCAAAUCACCCUUCCAUUCACAGCCCCAUUCACCCUGCUUUAAGUUCUGUGCACCUUCGUCACCUGCUGAGCAGAGGGGUCCAUGGCCAAACACAAGCCGGCUUUUUUGGGUUUUACCAGGAAUCCAAAGGCUCACUCCUUUUCCUGAUGGAAGAUCUGCAUCUGGCUGCUUCUGACCCAGAGAAGAGCUGCCAGCCAGUGCUAGAGACCCUGCGCCAGGCAAUGGAAGGCACCAUCUAUGCCCGAAACACCUUAGAAUUACAGACACUGCAGCACACAGUCAACUUCCUUGCCACUGCUACAGUACCAGGCUACUCUGAGCGCCCACUCUGUCCGCGUCUCUUCCGACUCUUCACAGUGCUAGCCCUGGACAACAUGACCCAGGACACCCUUUUGAGCAGGCACGUACCUAGUAUCCAAGCCUGGCUUGAGCGCUUCCCUUCUGUGGAGCGGGAGCAAACUCUGGCAAGAGCCCUUGUCAGGGCUUCAGUGGAGGCAUGGGAGGCUGUGUGCAACUGCUUCAUGCCUUCACCUCUCCGCCCACAUUACCGAUUUUCCCUGCAUUCUGUGAGCCACAUUCUGGGAAGCCUGCAGCUGCUGCCUACUAGAAUGGGCUCACGAAGUUUUAUAGAUGUUUUUCAUCACCAGGAGCACCUGCGCCGGGUGUCUGGCCUGCGUGGCACUCGUCUGACUAUCAUGAUGUCUAUGCGCAUCAUGGUGCGUCUUUGGUUACAUGAGGCACAAAGAACAUUUUGUGACCGGCUGGACAGUGAAAAGGAACGUUCCCAUUGUGCUAAGCUGCUUCUAGAAGUAGCUCAGAGUGUCUUCUGUUGUGGGUGAGCUCAGCCCUUGGUCAAGGACUAUGAGGAGGAGGUGGAGGAGGAGAAAGUACCUGAAGUAGAAUCUGAAGGAGAAAUAGCCCAGUGGGAGGACUUAAGCAACAGUGACAGUGAAUCAGAGGACGAAGAAGAUGCGUAUGGCAUUCAGGCCACCACAGGCUCAUUACUCAGUGAUAGCAGUGUAGCACCAUUCUCCAUAAGGUCAGUAAACAAGGAGAACACGGAAAGUGUAAGUCAGAUGGCUGAGCAAGAGGAAGAUAUAAGGGAUCCUAGUGGUAAGCUCCAGUCAGGAACACUCAAGAGUGAGUGGCAGACGGUAUCCCAGAUGGACUUAAUUUUACCCUUGUUGAUGCCUGUGCUGCUGCUCUAUCCCCAUGAGAAGCCCUCAGACCUGGUGUUCAGUCUGGAACUUACACUGGGAUCUAACUUUGAGAGUACCAACUUGUACUUGGAACGGCAGUGGGAAAACCUGGAAAAGCAGCUGGCUGCCUCAGCUGUUCGAUUGAAGCUGAACCCCCACCUUGCUCAAUGCCACAUGAUGACCCAGCAUGUGGCUCGCCUGGUCCGAGUUCUGGCUAGGCCGAGGCAGCAUGGCCUACUGCUCUCAAUGGCUCGGGGUACUGGGCGCCAUACAGCCGUCAGCCUGGCUUCUAGCAUUUGUCAGGCUCACUUCUUUCAUUUGCCAUCUGAGUCCGAAGAAGCUAUCUUCCAAUGUCUCCGAGAUGCCAGCUGGUGUGCUGGAAUAUUAAACCAGCCAGUGGCUCUUCUGGUGCCUGAGAGUGUGAAUGUUGCUAUCCUUCACCGACUGGUGGCCCUGGCAACCUCAGGUAGCUUCCCUGAUCAAUACACAGAGGCAGAUCUGGAUAACAUUGAAGAACAUCUCCCCAAGGAGAACCUUGUGGUCAAACUUAUCAUUAAGAAGGAUACAAUAUUGCAUAGGUUCUAUCAGCAAGUGUGUAGCAACUUGCAUAUGUUCUUCUUGAUGGGAGAUGACCAAGCCCAAAAGCAGCUGCCCUCCACCCUUCUCCUGAGGCUCCUUCAACUGGCCACUGCCUGUGUUGACCGCUAUGAACCCUGGGACCAAGCUUCCUUGGUCCGGAUUGCCCAGUCCCACCUAGAGAAUGUUCAGAAUCUACCUCUUGAUGAUGGCUCCUUGAAGUGCCCAGAUAUCAAGACCUUAAUUCCCAAUGUGGCCAAAAUCAUGGCUCUCAUCCAUCUUUCAUCUGCCUAUUACCAUCAGCACCUGUGCCCUGCAUUGCCACUUGUCACCCCCAAGACAUUCCUAGACUUCUUGGAUAUGUUCCUAUUGCUCCAGCAGCAGAUGAUCCUGAAGAUGAGAAUGAGGGCCCGGCGUAUCCACUCUGCUCUGAAGACUCUAAGGCUGCUGGUUGAGAGGCAAAGCACCCAAACUAACCUGGUAACCGACCUGGAAAAGGAGCUAAAGGGCUCCUACAAGAACAUUGGUAUGUAUCAAAGCCAGCUCGAUCAAGUCAAGCAGCUAUACAAGCAGAAGAUGGCAGAAUGUCAACACCAGGAGAGCCUCAUUGAGAAUCUGGUCAGGCAGCAAUGUACCCUACAGGCUCAACAGGAGGCUUUCCUGGAACAGAUGGGCAAGGCAUUUCUAGGUCCUUUGAGCAAGCUGCAGGUGGCUGACUUUGAGGAGUUAAGAAGCUAUCGAGCCCCACCAGAAUCUGUAGUCCAGGUGACGGAUGCAUUGUGUGACCUGUUCCACCAUGAGACAGGCUGGGCCAAUGCCAAGCAGCUGUUAUGUACCGAGGAUUUUUAUCAGGAGCUGGUAUUCUUCCCCAAGGAGAAGCUGACUGACUCAGAGUUGAUAAAGUUAAACCAAGCUCUGAAAGCUCCAGGUAUGCGUGAUGCAGCCUUGAGGUCAGUAAGCAUCCCUGCAGCAAACCUGGCAGUCUGGCUCUUGGCUGUUCUGCGCUAUGGGAUAGCACAGCGCCGAGGAUUGCCCACUGGCCUGCUACUGCGGCAGGUGGAGGCAACAUUGGCUCGGGAGCAGGCCCGUCUAGGCCAGUUCCAGUUUCAGGCCCAUGAUCUGCUACAGCAAACUUUGUCUCUGACUAAGAAGCUAGAAGAUGCCCACGCCUUUUAUAGCCUCAUCAUGGAGAACCUCAAUCAGGCACAAUGUGGAAAGUAUCACAAAUGGCCCAUGAAAUCUGCACUGCUCACACCCAUGCACAUGUGGACCCAACAGCUCCAGAAGUUGAAGGAUCAUUGCAAGACUGUGUUUGGAGAUGCCCUCUUGUGUUCAGCUGCCAUUGUCUACCUGGGUCCCUUCCCACCAGAGCGGCGCCACGAACUGUUGGAAAAGUGGCUGUCUCUGUGUCAGGGCUUUGAGGAAGCGCUGGAGCCAGAUGAUGUGGCACAGGCACUGAAGCAGAAACCUGCUAGGGAGCCACCAAAGGAUCCUCCUGUGCCCACAUGUACUCCCUUCAGAAUUAUGAAAUUGCUGAGCUGUGAAUCUGAACAACACCAGUGGGAUCGAGACCGGAAGCCCCAAGCAAAGUCAGCCCGCUUCUUAGGCCUGCUACUACAAAGCCACAUCUACUACAACAGCUGCCGUUGGCCUCUGCUGCUUGACCCCAGCAACCAGGCCCUCAUCUGGUUGAAUCCGCUACCCUUGAAACAGAACAAGUGGUUGGCACCACCUUCCAAAGAGAGCAGAGCAAAGCACCGUGUGACAAACCAAGACAGUGAGGAUGAAACGGAAGAUGAAGGUGAUGAUGACGAUGAUGCAGAUAGAAAUGAGGCCAAUAACCAAACAAAAGAACAGAAAACAGAGGAAAACAAGAGCGAGGAGAAAGAGAAGGAGGAGCAAGAAACAGAGAAAGAAAAAAGUGAAACAGAGAGUUCUAACUCAAGUCCAUCAUCUGAGACUCAGUCUCCUCUUCUCCUUACUGUGCUCUCAGGUGCUGACCCAGAGUUGGGGCCUCAGCUAUUGCAGGCAGCUGCCAAUGGCUUGCCUGUGCUCUUGACUAAUAUGGAGCUGAGCCUAGGGUGCCAAGAACUUCAUGGGCUGCUAUUGAGGGAGAAUCUGAGUCCACCCCAUGUGCAACCUGGCUUCUGUCUCUAUCUGAGCACCACCCUUCCUAUCCAUGCUUUGGAACGAGUACUAGGUCGUAAACUGCUGAAAGGGUUGAAUGUUCUGGAUCUGGGUCUGAACAUGGAAAUACUAGAAGAACAGAUGCUGCAUGAAAUCUUGUGCAGAGAGCGUCCAGAGCUUGAGACCCGCUGGCAAGACCUCAAAUUCAGAGCAGUGGAUACCUAUGAAGCUGUGGAGGCUGCUGAGGAACGGUUGCUGAUGAUAUUGCAACUUCAGAACCCAAAGCGUAAGAAACCGUCCAAGUUUAUGAGAGAAAUGGUGAGGACGCAGGCAAAGAUAUGUCAACUGAAUGCUCAAAGGGAAGAGAUAGAAGAGCAGAAGUUGGAGGAGAUGGUACUCUGGGCACCUUACCGGCAGGUAGCUUGUCAUGGAAUGGCUGUGAUAAAGGCCCUAAGUCCACUAGAGAACCUGCUGCCAUUUUUCUUUAUGAAUUUAGAGAAGUGGUUGGCAGUCACCAGGCGGGCUCUAGACAGCAUGAAACCACAUGAUAGCUAUCAUGGAGAGGACUUGGCCAGCCAUAUGCUGCAGUUGAAAAUACAUCUGACCCGCCAGUUGCUGAGCAGCACCUUGGCUGCCCUAGGCUUGACCCAAGCACCUUUGGUGGGUGCCUUGGGUGCUUUGGCCCUGCUGCAAGUGACAAAGAAGACACCAAAGCUAGAGAGGUUGGCACUGUGGCCUGGACUGUCAGCUUCUCCCAGCAGAGGCCAUAACACACAGAUUCCUGGUGUGGUUAGGCCAGCCUGGCUAGGCUUAAGAGCAUGGCAAGAAUGUGGGGCAUUGGAGCUGCUGUCCCCAUUUGCUGGGCUUCGUGCAUCCCUGGCAGGCCACUCCAUUGUGUGGCAGGAUUACUUGUCACUAUCAUCCACCGUGCUGGGUCCUGCACCUGGUCCUAAUUCUGAGCCACUUAGCCUCCUCCAGAAGCUGAUUCUGUGGCGUGUACUGCGACCAGAUUGCCUGGCAGGUGUCCUAGCAGACCUCACCACCAGCCUACUAGGUCGGCCCCUAGAUGAAGACCUGGGUGCCCCUACCAUGAUCUUUGAACACUGUCAAGCUACUCAGCCCAUCCUGAUCGUCCUGCCACCACCUGGUCACCCUACAGCCACCUUGCAUCCUGUGACUGUCAUCCGGAAACUAGCUGCCAACCAUGAAAAGACACAGAAGCACCUGCAUGUGAUAGCACUAGGUUCUGAAGACUAUCCUGUCUCAACUAUAGUUAACACUCUACGCCAGGCUAUGCUCCAGGGGCACUGGCUGGUGCUGGAUAAUUGUCAUUUGAUGCCCCAUUGGCCAAGAGAACUGCUACAGCCCUUGUUGGGACUGCUAGAUGGAGCCAAGGUGGCCUCAGACUCGGAACUGUUAGCUGAACAAGAAAGCAAGAAUGUGUCUACUGUCCACAGAGAUUUCCGUCUUUGGCUGAUUGUAUCUACUGAGGCCAGUGCUUCCUUGCCAGGGGUGCUGACCCAUCACUCCAUGACUGUCUUCUGGGACCAGUCCUUAGAACUGGGCCGUAUCUUGAUCGACAGUGUGGAUUCCCAGCAAGGACUCUGCAGGCAACCCCUCACCCAGACACUACCUUUGUUCCUCCUGCAUGGUCUCCUACUACACAGACAGCUCUACGGGAUAAAGCUGCAAGCACACAGGGGGCGCUGGAGUCAAAUAACCUUGACCAACAUUCUUCAGAUCCAAGAGUAUCUGAGGGCCAGUCUCAGUAACCCCAGUGCUGCCUUGCUAGACCUGGCUGCUUCAGUUUUCUAUGGAGGUUCUUUGGAGGACCCAGAGGACAGAGAGGCCCUGAUUAGCCUGACACGAGCCUGUCUGAAUCCCAGGAGCAUGAGCUGGGUCCAGCCACACACACCUCAGCAUCUGCUGGCCACUCUGAUGCCUAGCCCAGAGCUAGGGAAGCUAGAUGCCAUGACAGAGUGCAAGGCCCGGAUGCGUCUACUGCCCACACCAGCUGAGCCUCGUGUUUGUGGACUGAAUGAAGGGCCCAAGUCCUGGCUGUUGAGACGCCAGAGUCGUGCUCUCCUGAAUGCGCUGCAGCAGUGUUCACCCACAUGGGUUCCUUCAGCUGGCGGAGGAAGCGCCCUGCGCAAAGAAAGGCGACUUCGGCAACGCUUGGUGCAAGCCAAGAAGAGGCUGGUGGCACUUCAGGCUUUGCUAACCAACCGUACUCGAUCAGGCCAGGGAGUCACCCCCUGGGCGGUGCUGGGGCCCACUGCCCACCGGCCUCUGGAGGGCUUCUUAGAGACGGAGGUGCUGGAACUGAGGCAGCUGGUGAGCAUACUGCAGCGCGACCUUGACUGCUUAUUGCAGCAGCUGAAGGGUGAGACCCCAUGCACCUCCAGCCGCUGUGCAGCAGUGGCCCAUGCUCUUUGGGCUGGACGCCUACCUCGGCCUUGGAGACCUCAUGCACCUGCUGGGCCACAGCUACCCUGGCAAUGGCUGCGACAACUGUCCCGCCGUGGGCACCUGUUGAUUCGCUACCUGGACAGUGACACGAGCGAAAAUGCCAAUGAACCAGAGCGCAUAUUUCACCUGUCAGCUUUUCGCCACCCUCGUCGUCUAUUGCUGGCACUGCGUUGGGAAGCUGUCCUGGAGUCCUCGGUGCCCAGUCCCAAUCUUCCUGGUAACCAAGGCUCUGGCUCUGGCAGUCUCCCACCUAAACGUCAGGAGCUGAACAACCACCCUCUGCAUAUCCGGGUCGAGAAUGGCCCAAAUCCCAAAGUUCCUGAGAUGGGACUGCUGCUGAUCGGGUUACAGCUCCAGCAUGCAGAGUGGGACCAGAUGGAUGGGGCCUUGCAGGACAGCUUUUCCAGUCAACCCAGCCCUCUGCCUCCUGUCAGCGUCAGCACACAAGCCCUUGGGGCCAAGGCUGCACCAGUCUCAGGUGGCCUGGGUGUGUACUCCUGUCCUGUAUACAUGACCGGACCCCUUGGCACCACUAAGCUGCACAGCAAGAACAUCCUGAUGCACCUGCCACUACCCACGAAGCUCAGCCCUGACACCUGUAUCCAACGGAGAGUCCAUGUGUGCAGCCCAACCUUAUCCUGAGCCCCCACCAAAAUAAAGCUAUAGUGGUGUCAGGAAUGACUUCUGGGAUUUGGAAGAAGAUUGCAGUAUGCAGAGUACACAAUGUGGCACAUGGAGGGAAAAGGAUGCUAUUGAUAGAGGAAGAAGGAGGACAUGUACAAAAUGAGGGGCAAAGGCUAUGGGUACUCUGGGUACAGGGGCCUGCUUUUAGUGGUGUUUACAAGGGGAUAGGGAAACCUAGCAGUAGCUAACACGGAAUUCUGAUUCCUUGCUCAGCUUUCUACUGUGGUCUCAGCACUUGCAUUAAUUAUCUAGUGGGUAGUUUUAAAUGAAGAACAUUUAAAUGUUAUUAUUUGAAAGUUGCUUAAGGCAUUUAGUAGCAUUAUUGGAAUGUCCCACUUCUGCCUUACCACAUUCUCCAAAUGAAUCAUAUACCCAAAACAAAGGCCAAUUCACGACCCCUCACUCGUUCAACAAUAACCAACUGAGCAAGCACUUCUCCAUAAGAAGUGUUCUUUCAGGCACCGAUGAGGCUAUUCAGGGUAAAACUCCUGCUUUCCUUGGGAUCUAUUUCCUGUCCCAUGGAAGUUCUAGGAACAUGUUAUACCCUUCGAAAGCACCCUCCCCAAGGGCCUCCUUCUAGGCCAUUCUUUUUAAUGGUCCAUUUAUCCAUUGUUGAAAUUAGCACCUUCGUUAUCCAGUCAGCUUUUCAUAGUGCCACCAGGAUUGGACUAAGCCUUCUGUGCAUACACCCGUUUGGGGGACACAUCAUAUCUAAACUUCACCAUCCACAACGAGAUCUCAAAAGGUCAUGUUAUUCUUAUAAUGCCAAAUGCAUAUUACCGCGCCCCCCCCAUUUCUGUUUUGAGACAGGUUCUUGCUGUGUUCCAGGUUGGCCUCAAACUUGUGAUGCACCUGACUCAGCUCCCCAAAAGCUGAAAUUAGAGGCCCAAACCACAAUAUCCAGCUAAAAUGCAUUUCUCAAAAAUUCACAAUUUCCUCAGACCUAAACUCUUAACUAUAAACCCCCAUAAAACUCAAGAAAUAUUCUAAAAUAUGACACACAGUAAACAUUUCCAUUCUAAGAGGGUGGAAUAGAUAGACACCAAAGAAAGGUUGGACCAGAGUAAGAGGGAAACCUAGCGGGACAAACAUUUAGUCCUAUAGCCCAUUCCCAAAAGUACCCUGGGUAUGUGGUAAUAUAUGAGCUCAAAUGUUCAUGGAUCCAUCCCCACCACUAAAGCCUUACCAUUUGCAGCCCACGUGGCUUCUCUAGACCUUGCUCCACUCACCAAGGCUUUCCAUGGCAGAUGUUCUAUGUCCAUGGCCUCUCUAACUUUCUGAAGUGUCCUCUGCAGCUCCACUCACUAUUACAACUUUACACAUUGUCAGAGAUUUCCUGUGGGGAUUCUGGUCCUACCAUACAUACAUUGGCCUUUUAGACUCUCCUCUGAAAUAGAGAGGGAAAGCCUAUAAUCACACAACUCUUACAUUCUACAUGCUUGAAACUCCAGCAUCACGUGGGCAAUGCCAAAGUCUGCUGCUAGCUCAAGCAGUAGCUACUCUUCAAUGGCCUCUGAAUACCUGGAUGGAUGAAAACAGGGGGGCACUUUCCUAAGUGAACAGUUCUCAAA